CGAUCGGGGGUGCCCGGAGGGUCCCCGCCGUGUGUCCCUGCCGGUUAUCGCCACGACGGCCACGAAGGCCACCAUGCCCACCGUGCCCACCACGGCCACCGCUCCCGCUGCCCUCAGCCCUCAGCCCGGGCCGCCCCGCCCCGCCCCGCGCGGGGCACUGUGGGAAGCAGAGGGAACUAUGGCGGAUGGUGAGGAACCGGAGAAGAAAAGAAGGAGGCUAGAGGAGCUGCUGGCGGAUGGAAUGGCUGUUGAUGGUGGGUGUGGGGACUCUGGAGACUGGGAAGGUCGCUGGAACCAUGUAAAGAAGUUCCUCGAGCGAUCUGGACCAUUCACACAUCCCGAUUUCGAGCCAGGCACUCAAGCUCUUGAUUUUUUAUUAAGCACAUGUAAAGUACUAGUUAUUGGAGCAGGAGGAUUAGGAUGUGAACUCCUGAAAAACCUGGCACUGUCUGGCUUCAGACAGAUCCAUGUUAUUGACAUGGAUACUAUAGAUGUUUCUAACCUUAAUCGACAGUUUUUGUUUCGACCGAAGGAUGUGGGGCGACCAAAAGCAGAAGUUGCAGCAGAAUUCCUGAACAGUCGCAUUCCCGACUGUGCUGUUGUACCAUAUUUUAAAAAGAUUCAGGACAUGGAUGAAAGCUUCUAUCGACAGUUCCAUAUUAUUGUUUGUGGGCUGGACUCUAUAAUUGCAAGAAGAUGGAUAAAUGGCAUGCUGAUGUCAUUUUUGCAUUAUGAAGAUGGUGUCCUGGAUCCAAGUUCCAUCAUACCUCUAAUAGAUGGAGGGACAGAAGGUUUCAAAGGAAAUGUUCGUGUGAUUAUUCCUGGUAUGACAGCAUGUGUUGAGUGCACACUUGCACUUUACCCACCACAGGUCAAUUUUCCCAUGUGCACCAUUGCAUCCAUGCCCAGACUGCCAGAGCAUUGCAUUGAGUAUGUCAGGAUAUUGCAGUGGCCAAAGGAACAGCCUUUUGGAGAAGGUAUUGCACUGGAUGGAGAUGACCCUGAACAUAUACAGUGGAUUUACCAGAAGUCUUUAGAAAGAGCAUCACAAUUUAAUAUUAAAGGUGUUACCUACAGACUCACCCAAGGGGUGGUUAAACGAAUUAUUCCAGCAGUAGCUUCUACAAAUGCAGUAAUUGCAGCUGUUUGCGCCACGGAAGUUUUUAAAAUAGCCACAAGUGCAUAUGUUCCUCUUAACAACUACUUGGUGUUCAAUGAUGUGGAUGGAUUAUAUACAUACAGUUUUGAAGCUGAAAGAAAGGAGAACUGUCCAGCCUGCAGCCAGCUUCCCCAAAACAUAGAGAUUUCCCCAUCAGCUAAAUUGCAGGAGAUCCUGGAUUACUUGACAAAUAAUGCUUCAUUGCAGAUGAAAUCUCCUGCAAUCACAGCAACUAUGUAUGGAGGAAAUAAAACACUUUAUUUACAGACUGUAGCUUCAAUUGAAGAACGAACAAGGCCAAAUCUUUCCAAGACACUAAAAGAACUGGGGCUUGUGGAUGGCCAGGAACUUGCAGUUGCUGAUGUUACUACACCACAGACUAUGUUGUUCAAGCUUCACUUUACCACUUAAUUUAUUCAUAAGUAAAGUGCAAAUACAGCAAGAGAAAUUUGUGCCCACCUUAUAAAACAAACAUACUCUGUGGGUGUUCAAGCAGCCUGAAAUGUUCCUGUUAGUGCCAGCAUGGUUGGAGGUUAGGAAAUCUAAAUGAAUCACCAUAUUUCAGAAUUGUACGUAGAAGCCAAUAUUUGGUGGAUUAUAUUUGUAUAAAUGCUUAUUCAUGUACAGACCUCUGAUGUAUAGAAAUACACUUUUCUCUGGUUUUGUUGUCAAAAUGUUCAUGCUAAUGUACUUUCAAAUAUAUGGAACUUUAAGGUGGCCAAAAGUCUUGUUUUCAACGUGUGUGCACACAUAUAUGCAAAGAAAAGAUGUUUUUAAAAGGAAUCAAAACAAUCUGGUUUGAAGUUGUAGCACUCCUGAGACUUACUGAGUCACCUUAAACCAAAGGAGGCAGUAGAUUAAAAUGAGCAUUUCCCUCUUAUUUGGUAUUGACUUGAUCAAUUUUAUAGAAGGUGUUAAAUAUGAAAGAGAUGGCUUUGUUUACAAGAAACACAACAGGAGAAUAUGAUCAGCUGUACAUGAAAAUACAGAUUUGUCUCCUCACUGUCCCCAAGCAGCUGCCGUUCACAGCAUUGCAAGAUUAUGUUCAAAUAUCAUUGGUGCUGUUAAGGUAUUUAUUAAUAAAAAAAUCAGAAAGACA